GUGCCAAGAGAGAUGCUGCAAGACAGGCGCACGAGGCGAAAGUGAAAGCCAAGCAGGACAAGGAAGACGCACGCCGAGCUGCGGCAAAGGCAAAGCGGGAGGAGAAGACGAGGCAACUGAUCGAAUCCAUCGCCGCCGAGAUUGACGAGUCCGAGGAGAAGGUUUACGGCGACACGUGCGGCGAUCUUUGCCAGGAGGACGGCACGUUCGCCGUCACAGAUCCACAG